AUGUCGUUGAUGGGUGGAGGCGUCGACAUCAAAGCCUCUUUUCUUCUUAUGGCUUCGAGCAUGGCUUUUGGUAUUCUGCUCGUUCACAACAGGGAUGUAUUGCAGCGAUGCGUGCAGCUACUCCAACGCAACACAGAUGUCCUUGUGAAGACUCGAGGCAACGUUGCUGCCCUUCGGGAUCAAGGCGGAAACAUUCAGCUUGCGGCACGAUUCGAAGUAUGGCUGAUCACACACGAAGUUGGAUCCCUCUUCUGCGGAUGGCAUCAGCAGGUUGAGGCCAGAAUAACAGAAUGGUCCAACGUACCCAGCGAAGAUAGCCGUUUAGCCGCACGGCCACUGCGUGAGGAACGCAACAAAAUACGUUUGCUUUACAUGGACUGUGCAGGUGUCGAGUGA